AUGAUUCGAGUAGAAACGAUUUUUGUAUGGGUGUGUUUGCUGGUUAGUGUACCCAUUUGGGGACAUAAUCCAAUUAGUUUACGAGCUUCUGCAGCACUUCGCGGCAUUCAAGUUGGAACUGCAGUCGUAGUUGAUUACAUACGAGAAAAAGCUGAUUUCAACGAUUACGCUAGCAAAAUUCAGAGAGAUGCUACAAUAAUCGUCACAGAGAAUGAUUUCAAACUGAAGCGUAUCUGGUUAGGUGACGGCAAAUACGAUUGGAAUAAUACUGAUUUUCUUGUGGGUUCAACAGCUAAUUCUACAGGCUGGGCUCAACAGAAUCUGAUGGCUGUACGAGGACAUACUUUAAAUCAGGAGUCUUCAAUAACAUCAGAGAAAGCCAGAUUACUGUUGACUGAUUACAUUCAUACUUUAGUUAGUCGUUAUCGCGGCAAAAUACUUGUAUGGGAUGUUGUCAAUGAAGCACUCAACUCUACGGAUACUUCCAACCCGUUGAACUUACGCGACAGCUUUUGGCUAAGAAAACUUGGCCCAGAUUACCUUAAAAUAGCUUUUUUAACCGCGCGCGCAGCUGAUCCGAAUGCAAAACUUUACUACAAUGACUUUGGCAUCGAAAGCACUGGACUGAAGACUACGAGAACUAUCGAUCUAAUCAAGUGGGUAAGAUCACAAGGAGCUACCGUUCAUGGUGUUGGUAUGCAAUGGCAUAUCGAUUCGUCGAGAUCAGUUACACCUGGCGAUGGACAUUAUCAAAAUCGGUCAGAUCUUUACAAACAAGCUGCUCUCUAUCGAGCUGUUUUGAACUACGCCAUUCAUUUCUAUCCCGAAUGCAAAGCGUUUCUCACAUGGGGUUUCACAGAUCGUUACAGUUGGCUUCCCGAUUAUCAUAAAUAUAAGAAAGGUGCUGGUUUACCAUUGGAUUGGAUGUAUCGGCCGAAACCCGCCUAUUUAGAAAUACAAGAACUGAUGACUCGUGUUGUUAUUGAUGGAGUCUACCGGCUUUCACCUCAAUUACAACCAGAUAAAUGUCUCGGUGCCGGUAUGAGUAACAAUGUUCAACUUUAUGGUGGCAGCUGUGGUGAUAGCAAUAAAAGAUGGAAUAUAACUUGGCUCGGCGAUGGAAGUUAUCGGUUUUCACUACUGAGUAAUCCAAAUCUUGUUCUUGCUAGUCAUAAUGUAUCAACAUCUCGUGGAUAUCUUCAAACGAAUUAUAUCAGUCAACGAUGGGCGUUUUCUGCUAAAGGUAAUAGUACAUUUCGUAUCGUACUUUAUACUGCAUGGUGGAAAGUCAUGACUUUGGACGAUACAUCGGACGUCAGUGUUGUGAGUUAUGCGAGCGGUAAAUUUCAACAUUGA